GAGGGCAGUUAGUCCGGCCCACGCACGCCGCUCACCGCAGCAGAGCUGACUCACUAGACUCUGCACAACUUUCAUACUUCUGAUCUCUGCUCGGAGCUCAGCCGCUCCCCAUCGCUCCUCUCUGCCUGACGCUAAAGUCUCCCCUCGCAAAGACCCGAGGUCCGUCUUCUUCUCAGAGGAGGACACCUGAAGAUCGGCCCUCAGGAGGUGAUUGGGUACGGCGAUGACGGAGGAGUGACGGAGGAACUCAGACACCGGAUCAGCUCAUCAAAGAGGAGAGACGGGCGUGAAAGAGACGGAGAAAAGUCCUCAGACAUGACGGAUGUUUGCUUACAGUAGUCGCCUCAUGAGGAGCAGAGAGCAGCUGCAGGCCCCAAAACGUCUCCGAUCCUCUGCCCAGCAUCCCACCGUCGCUCCCUCCGCCGCCGCCGCGUGUUCUCAGGUGUAGAUAAACCAUGGACUUCUCCUGGUUCCUUCUCCUUGUGUCGGCCGCCGUCUUCGUCUCCAUCGUCCUCCUGGCCGUCAUCUGUUUGGACUGCAGGAACAAAGGUCCACUGCGGUCCAUCCAACAAACAGCUUCAGAAGAGUACACAUCACCUGAAUUCAGAGUCAUCCAUCCAGCUCCUCUCUCCAUGCCAACUUCCAGAAGCCUUGCAAGCGGCAGCAUCAGCGUUGCCCAGCCGACCCUACCCCCGAACCCCAUCAUCAUUACAACCCCUCCACCUGACCCCCACCUGCGGCCUCCUUUUUCAACCAAACCUGAGCACAGACCUUACACCCCAACAGAAACUGGUGAGCCUGGAAAGGACAAAGCAUUAUUUAAGUUGUAUUUUUCUGUUUUACCUUCUUACCCAAACCUGUUGCUCCAUUUCUCACCUACAGAGAGCAAUCCGAGUUAUGAGAAUCCAGAACCUGAGAAGGACGUUGAGGAUCCAGCUGAUAAUUACAUAGAGGUGUUACCCGACAAUCUGGAGGAGAGCAAAGGAGUGCCCGCGGACAUCGAGAGCCGAGCCUCGACGCCCAGUUCAGAUCAUAAUUACGUGAACCUCGAUGAAGAAGAAGACGACGACGACAAACUCGACUAUCAGAACGUGGCACCAAUAGGUAUAUUGCACUGUGCACCUGAUGCUAUGCUCCACCUUUCCGGUACCUUCCCCCGUCGUGCGACAUAUCAAAGGUCCACUCCAGGUUCAUCCGCUCAGAGCAGCGAAGACGAGUACGAGGAGUCCAACUACGUCAACCAACCUAUGGGACUAGUCAACCACUGACGGCCCGACCACAGCGAGCGUUCACCUUCCUCCACAACGACGUCCGACCACAGAGUUUUUUUUUGGGUUUUUUUGUUUUUAAAGCUGAACGACUGAGAAAAGAAACUGAGAUGAAGACCUGAAACACCUUCCUCCCCACUUCCUGCAGGCUCAGCAGUGUCAGUGUGAUCAGACUUUAAAGACGGAGGCGUAAAACUGCACAUUUGAAACUGACUUCCACUUUGGCCAUCAGAUACCUGGAAACCAGGUAAAUGCCAGCUGUGCUCUGGAGGAAUCCAUCCUGUUCCAGCGGCGUCCUCGGUCCGAACAGGAAGUCAAGUUUUGCUUCUUUGGUUUUGUGUAAAUAUCUGCUGGAGUGUUUUUGGACCUUUAUGCUGCAGUUACACUCGGGAACCUGGAGCGGCGCUACUCUGGUGCAUCAACACGCCGACGAAAAGACCGGAAAUGACAUGUAAUCUGUUUACAGUGAGGAUUUCUGUUUGUGUGGCGUAUCCAGCCCAAACGUCACUGCUCUGAAACAAAAACUGCAAAAUUACACACUCGGCAACUUUGUAGAGCAAUAAAACCAGAACACAACCAGCCGAGCGUCCCUACGGCAGAUGAGUCCGAUCAUCACGGCAGACCGUCAGAGCGACCGCAGACGGCCUCACACCAGCCGAUCUCUGCAGUCACCUUAUUUAGUCGUUGCCACAACUAAAUAAAUUAAAGUAAUAACCGGGCAGUCAGAUUUUGUUUCCUCCUUAGUUGGUAGACUGCCGUCCAUUUUCAAACCUGCUCCCCCUACAGGCUGGAACCAGAACAGGAAGUCCUCAGUCAGUGUUUGGCUGUGUGGCGGCUGGUCGCUGUGCAGGUUUCCCCGAGCGUCCUGCAACAGUCACCACAGAGUAUUUAUAAGUCAUGAAGGUGGGAACACUAAAUUAGGAUCCUGUUAUUCGCUUUUGUAGCAGCGACAAAUCCAACAGCGCGAGGAGGCGUCAGAUCAGUUUCUCUCCAGUGACUCAAUCAGUCAGAGGUUGUUCAUUCAUGUUUUUAAAUAUUUGUCUUAAAUACGUUAGGUUUUAUUUCAUUGGUUAACUCUUUCUUUCACACGCCUCGCGUCAUGAGGGGCGACAUGUUUGAGCUUUACUUUGAUGUUACUGACACCUCCUGAGAAUGUUCUCAUCCAUCCAGUGUUUUUCAUGUAUUUAUGUGCAGUUGCUGUGUUUGCUGUCGUCUCUGGGCUGUAAAAACCUGAGUGUGAGAACAACAAAUGUUUUUUAAAGAACUACAAAUUAAAUGUUUUAAAGAAAA